CUUUGAAGAAGGCGAAGUACCCGAUGUAGUUGUGUGGUACUAUGACGCAAAUUUGAUAUCCGAAGACCGUGAUGUGCUGACACCGCUCAACGAAUACAAUAUAACAGGCACAGAGAAUGCAUAUAAUCUGCGUAUUUAUAAUAUUGCACUGGCACAAGAGGGUGAAUACGGCUGUGGUGACAAAUUAUUUGCAGAUUUAAGGGUGUAUGCAUUCAUGUAUGUUAUAGACAGUCGCCCACAAUGCAAAGUUUAUCCUGGUGCAACCGUAAUAACUGAGAACACCGUCACUCUGAAUUGCACCAUGGACUUGGAUGCUAGUGCACCUGGUGAUUUAGUAUGGUAUCAGAAUGGUGUUGAAGUUAUGAGAAAGACUGGAAUCGAAAAUACAUGGACGACAUUUCUGUAUAAGGACAAUAACGGUGAUGUGUUUGAUUGUCAACUAGAACAUUAUACUCUACCUCGUCCUAAGUGGUCACAAGUAUCAUGUGAAGAUAAGAUAGUCAUGGAUGUUCAAUUCGACCCUAUUCUUGAAAUAAGUGUAACUGGCGAUGUCGAUGAAUCCGGAAAUGAAAUAGAGGGUGAUUCAUUUGUCAUGACAUGCUUCGUUUUAGAGGCUAACCCGGAUGUAGAGACGUUUUUAUGGUUUAACCAAAAUCAGAAUGUUAUCAAUUCGCCAACUGUUAAUAUAGGGAAUCAAACUUAUGUAACCGUAAUAGAGGGAGAUACAUACAUUGCUGAGUGUUUGGUAGAUUCAAAUCCUGUGGUGGAAGGAAUAUGGAUACAUUCAGACGGUUCCUUUUCUCCUGGACCAAUACUGGAGAUAGAAAACAUAUCACGUACUGACAGUGGCACAUACACGUGUUUUGCGGAAACUGUAUUUUGGGAUGAAUCAACUGCAUCAGACAUGGAUUCUAUGUAUAUUAAUGUACAGUAUCCGGCCAAUAUUUCAUUUGCUGGUUCAACAAAUGUCUAUGAAGGCAGUGACGUCAUUUUACUCUGUGCAACAACUGAUGCGAAUCCUCGUCCUUAUGAAAUGUAUAUAAACCACACAGAUGACAAUGACAAUGACAAUGUCGUGGCAGAAGUAAAAUAUGACUUACAUAUACUAUAUAUCAUUACAUCAAUUAGUGAAGAACACAGUGGAACUUACACAUGUUAUGCAACAACACGUUUUCACGACGGUACGAUCGGCAAAAGUACCAGUGAUGAAAUAGCAGUAAACGUACUUCAGUAUUCACCAGAAGAUAAUAGUUCUACAAACGGAGUGAUUAUUGCAUUAAUUAUAGUAAUUAUUCUUCUAUUUACUUGUAUUAUACUAUUAUUGGUGUACAUAGUAUAUUUACGACGAUAUGUACAAGCAGAGAAGCCUGCGCAUACCACCGACUAUGAAGAUCUGCGCAUGUCUGUAAAUCUAGAUCACGUAUACUUGAAGCAUGGCGAGGUACCAUGGGAAAUUCCAAGGGAAUCAAUUCGUCUUGGGAAAACCAUUGCAGAAGGAUAUUUUGGAAAAGUGGUGAAAGCGACAGCAAGUAUAGAAUCACAAAAUCCGCACUCAACUGUAGCUGUAAAAAUGUUGAAAGAUGGGCUUACUGAUGAGUACCACAAGUCAAUACUCAAGGAAUUGGAGUUACUUAAAUCAAUCACGUCACACACAAACGUCGUGACGUUGAUUGGAUGUUGCACGCAAGACGGUCCGGCGUUUGUUGUUCUUGAAUACAUGGCUCUUGGCGACCUGCAAACGUAUCUUCGUAGAGAAAAAAGUAAUGAGGAAAAUACAUAUACUAAUCUAAGAGACCGUGUGACAAUGCUGUCUCAACACAAUUGUAUUGGUUUUUCACAUCAAAUAUCUCAUGCUAUGGAAUUCAUUGAAGGAAAAGGAUGCGUUCAUCGAGACUUGGCUGCUCGCAAUGUACUACUGAAUGAGAAACUAGUAUGCAAAUUAUCUGGAUUUGGAUUGGCUACUGACGUCCUGGAUCAACGCGAGUAUGAGAAAAGAACUCAAGGACGUUUACCAGUUCGCUGGAUGGCACCGGAGUCUAUAUUGGAUGGCGUGUACACCAAUAAAAGCGAUGUAUGGUCAUAUGGUAUUGUUUUGUGGGAGAUAGAAACACUAGGUGAUGUGCCAUAUAACGAUAUGUCAACACAGGAAGUCAUCGAAUCUGUGCAGGACGGAUAUCGAAUGCCAAAACCAAAUACAUGUCACCAAGACCUGUUUUCAACAAUGGAGCUCUGUUGGUCAGAUAAUCCAGAACGGAGACCAUCGUUUCAGAAGUUGACAAAGAUAUUGCAAGCCGUUUUAGAUGGUGAUGAGAUGACAGGUUAUAUGCAUAUCUAUGAAGAUCCUCGGAU